AUGUUUCCACCUCCGCCUGCGGCGCUGAGCCGACGUGUCGUCAUCACUGGCCUUGGCGCGGUCACGCCCUUGGGCGUUGGCCUCGAGGCCACGUGGAACCGCCUCAUCAACGGCGACUGCGGUAUCUCGACCUUGACGUCGUUCGACACGACGGGCCUCGACUGCACGGUGGGCGGCCAAGUCCCGGACUUUGACCCGCUCGAGCACAUCAACCGUCGCGAGGCGCGCAGCCAAGACGUGCGGUUCAUUUCGUUUGCCAUCGCCGCUGCCAACGAAGCCAUCAAGGAUGCGCAAUGGACGCCGGCGUCGGACGCAGCCAAGGAACGUGCGGGUGUGGCGAUCGGCGCAGGCAUUGGCAACCUUCAGGAGAUCGUCGAGACCGCAGCGCUUGUCCAGCAGCAGAAGUACCGCCGGGUUUCGCCCUUCUUUGUGCCACGUAUCUUGAUCAACCUGGCUGCGGGGCACGUCAGCAUGAUGCACGGCCUCAAGGGCCCCAAUCAUGCGUGCACGACGGCCUGCGCCACCGGCAGCCACAGCAUUGGCGAUGCCUACCGCUUCAUUCGCAACGGCGAUGCGGAUGUGAUGGUCGCUGGCGGCUCGGAAGCGAGCUUGAACCCACUCUCGAUGUGCGGCUUUCUCCGCGCCAAGGCGCUGGCGACAAAGUUUAAUGACAACCCCGAGGCUGCCUCGCGGCCCUUUGACGCGCAGCGCGACGGCUUUGUCAUGGGCGAAGGCGCUGGCGUCUGCUUCCUCGAGGAGUACGAGCACGCCAAGGCGCGCGGGGCGCGCAUCUACGGCGAGAUCCGCGGCUACGGUCUGAGUGGCGACGCGCAUCACUUGACGGCCCCGACAGAGAACGGGGACGGCGCCUUCCGCGCGAUGCAGUCGGCGGUGGCGCAGUCGGGUCUUCAGUUCUCAGACAUUGGCUACAUCAAUGCGCACGCCACGUCGACGCCUCUGGGUGACGCGGCCGAGAACCGCGCGAUCAAGCGCCUCUUUGGGUCGCACGCAUACAACCUCAGCGUCUCGUCGACCAAGGGUGCCGUGGGGCACUUGCUGGGCGCGGCGGGCGCCAUCGAAGCCAUCUUUGCCCUCAAGGCCAUGCACGAGAGUGUCCUUCCGCCGACGCUCAAUUUGCAUGAAAAAAUCGACGAGUUCGACUUGGAUUACGUGCCUCUCGAAGCCAAAGCCCGCACGGUCAACGCUGUCCUCUCCAACUCGUUUGGCUUUGGCGGCACCAACUCGUCGCUCUGCUUUGCCAAGAUCUAG